GCUCCGCCUUGGUAGAGGUUAUGUAUUAAGAGAAGGAGUCGUACUGCAAAGCGAAUUUGAGUUUGGAUUCCCUUUUUCAGUCUCGAUAAUGGGAAAUUGGUCCUUUUUUAAUGUCCGGUCCUUUUAGAUGAUCCGAGUGGAAUCAAGCGGGGGCGUCGUGACAUAAGGGUUCGCUUAUCCCGUUUCGAAAAAAAAAUCCCACCCUUAAAUCGGCGUUGGGGAGGGUCGAGAUGACCCAGGCGGGCUCGUUCCGGCUUCGAUUCGUCGACAGGAGGUGAAAAAAGGAUUUUUCCGCAUCCUCCCGAUGGAUAUACCGCUGCCGGACGACCCUCUCCCGGUGGGAGGGCUCUCUCUGGAAAAUAUUCCCGUCCCAGAGGAUAGGAACAGGUAUUCUCCAAGUGUUCCAAUUGAGGAUGAUCCAAUUGAGGCAAAGCCCGAUUUGUCAGAAAUCUCUCUUCCAGCAUAUCCGCCCAAAGGUGAGUCCUCGAAAGCUGUAGUACUUGGAAAGUCUGCAGCUAAAAAGAGACUCUUAGCAUUUUCAAUGGCUAAACAGAACAUUGCACAGCCCAAAAAGAACAAAUCUGAUGAGGAAAAACCAUCUGAUCAAGUGGUGAACAAGAAAAAACUGAAAAAAGGAGUUGUAGAUAAAGCGAGAGACACCAUAUGUGAGAUUGAGGAGCUUAAAAGGCAAGAAAAGGAACGGGAGAGCCUUCAAUCAGCUACAUUUCCAUUAUGGACAAACCCAGAUGACCCGAAUUUACUUUUGAAAGCAGAUCAUUACAGAGUUUCCACUGUUGAAAACCUCCUUGAGUCUGUAAUGAAGAAGUCAAAAAGCGAACCCUUUGACUACGAGAAACGAAAGAGGGACAGGUACGGCAGUGAUGAAGAUCGGUAUGAAAGGAGAGAUAAGAGAGAUAAACGUGAUGAUAAAAAGGAAAAUAGGGAUAAAAGGGACAAAGAGAAAGAGCAAAGUGAGCCAAAAAACUGGGGAGAAUUCACCAAAGCCGGAUUUCAGGUUUACCAUUUUCGACGGCAUAAAUAUAAAUGGGAGAAGUACACAAAUUCUUCAAAACGGAGGACUAAGUAUGAAUCAGCAGGAAAAGUUGUCAAUUUUUUAAAUACGCCAAUGGUUUUAAGGAAACCUAUUUCAGUCAAAGGGGUAAGCGAUGAUGUUACAAAAGAAUUCCCAAGCUGGGGGGUUAAAUUUACUUCGACAAGACCUAGCAUUUCUUAUUCAGUCAAUCCCGAACAUUGCAAACAGAUUACUAUGACAAGGGAGGAAAUGUUGGAAACCCUUCCAGAUGAUAUACAUGAAAUUGUUUCCAAAUUUCUAAAGUUAGAAUCAUUUAAAAGAUUUAAAGUACCAGAUUUCAGGAGGCUGGAUAGAAAAUACAGCACUGUCGAUGAGUUCCUCAUCCCUUCAAAAAAAGUCAUCACCUACAAAUUCAGCGCUAUGUAUGAGUAUGAAUUGGAAAAUGAGUCCGAAUUAAAUUAUCCCAGUUUGACCAGCAAAUGGGAGAGGGACGAUAAUGACGAAUCGCAAGAUGUAAAAGUUGAUUUCAGCAGGGACUGUAAAGAAUCUUCUGUAAGCCAAUGGAAUAAAGAAUCUCUUUCAAGCAAUAAAUGGGAGGAAGGUGAACAUCUAUUGCAAAAAGAGGUUAUGGAUUCUUCAGAGAAAAGUGAAGAAAUGAAACUUUGUAAACAAGAAGGAAGUGAUGUAAAGGAAGUAACUAAUGAUGUACAAGAAAAAGAAGCCCAACUAUCUGACAGUUCUAGAUGUGAUGAAAAAAGAGACAGUGAAGAAAAUCUGCUGGAUAAACAAUUCAUUGAUGAAAAAGGUACAUAUGAAAAUAACAAAUGGAAUGAUGAAGUAAGAGAAGAGGACAUAAAUCAGUCAACUGACAAACAUGAAACAUUUACAAGUGGCAGUAAUGAUUUUAUCGAAAAUAAGGACAAAAAACAAAAGAAAAGAAAAGAAAAUGAGAAACAGAAAAAAAGCUAUAAACAUAAAAAGAGAGAGUCAGAAAAUGAAGAUGAUACAUAUGAAAAAACGCUUUCCACUGAUAACCAUAGUGAGGUUGACAAUCAGAAAGACAAAAAUGAUAGCUUUAAUUCAAAUACAAGUGAUGUUAUUACUGCACAAGAACAAAUAGAUACAACAAGCAAAUGGAAAGAAGAAAAUUUAGAAUUGGAACAAUCAGAAGAAUUUAAUUCUAGAAUUAAAGAUGAAAAAGAAGAUAACAAAGUGAAAUUUCUUCAGAGUGAGUCGAUAAUAAAAAAUGAAGGAAUGCUGGUUUCUGAAUAUGAAGAGUUUAUGAAAACUAUUGAAGAAGAAAGCUUACCAAACAAAUCUGACACGAAAGAGAAAUCUCCAAAUGCUGAUAAAGUUGUUGAAAAAGAGACAGAUGAUACAGAGAACUUUUUAAAAGUGGACUACAAACCUACAUCAAAUAUCAAAAGUCCGGCUAAUAGGCAGGAUAACCAGGAAAGGAGAGAGAAUGCUUGGUCACAUACCACAUCAUUGAACCUAAUGUUAGAAACUGCCCUUCCGCCUGUUAUUCAUUCAAAGGACAAUCUUGAAAAAAGCUCUAAAAGAAACAUCAAGAAAAAGAAAAGAGCAUUAUCGGUCUCUUCUAGCAGUUCUAGUAGUAGUAGCUCCAGUAGCAGUUCUAGCAGCAGCUCUAGCACUUCUUCAAGUUCUUCCAGCAAUUCUGAUAGUGACUCAAGCGAAAGCUCGAGUACAAGCAGUGAUUCAUCGAGUUCCAACGAUUCAAAAUCAGCUCUGAAAAGUUCCCACAAGAAUAAACAAAAGAGGAAGAGAAAAGAAAAAGUUUUAUCAAGAAAAAAUAGCAAAAAAAAGAAAAGCAAAUCAAAAAUUAAAUCUAACAAAAUUUAUCUAGAUGAUAAAGAUAAAACUUUACAUAGCACUUGUAAAAAUAAAAAAAUCAUUUCUAAUGAGAUAGAUUUAAGUGAAAUAGAACUACCGAAGGAUGAUGAUGCAGUAAGAGGUUCGUCUGACAUCAUCCACGAAGGAAAAGAAUAUGUCCCUUUUAAUUUUAUUAAAAGUGAAAAUGUUUCAAAAAUAGAAAACACAAAUGACACAGUGUAUAGACAAUCAAAUGAUGUGAGCUUAAAAAGUGAUGGGCCUCCAAAGAGUCCUCAUUCAUCUUUUAAAGAACAGCUUAUUGAGAAAACCCUAUUUCCCUUUAAAAGACAUUUUAAUAUUGACAUGUUUCAUGAUAAGACAAAAAAUCAGUUAAAAGCACCUUCACCACAACAUUCGAAUGAUAUUUUCGAAUCCAAACCUGGUGAAAAAAAUUCUUCUGUCGAUAAACAAGAGAGUAAUGACGACUCUCAGGCCAAAUCUCUAGAAUUGUACAGUCCUACUGUAGAUGAUGAUGAAGAAGAAGAUGAUAAUCUCAUUGAUAAUGCCAUUGCCAGGGCCAGUUCUUCCAAUUCUCAUUUAGACGAUAGCUCUCAGAUCUUUAGUUUUGGCGUGAAUUCUGCGAGCGAAGAGGCUCGUAUGCUCGACAUUCCACUACCCCCACCUUUACCCGAAGAGACUCCUUUAACUAGUUUCCAUAACAUUUUACAACAGCCUCCUUGUUCGACUUCACCCAAAACCACUCGAAUACAGAUCCAAUUGCAAAAGUCACCCAUCGCUCGUUUGACUUUCGGGAAGCAAGUUACAAAGUUAAAGCCGUUGAAUGUUUUUUCAGAGGAAUAUUCAGAUUCGAAUUCUAAUUCUCCAAAAAGCAGUGUUGCUAAAGAGGAUGCUAGAGAUGAGAACUUAACUACAAAAGAAGAAAAUUUGACCUGUAAAGAUAAAAAAGAGGUGGAUCCCACAGCAAAAUAUGAAAAUGAUUAUCAUGACGAAGAAAAAAAUACUUCCAGCUCAAAUCUAGAUCUCAAAAAUUCUGAAAACUACACAAGGGGUUACAGGUAUGACAGAAGAGGAGGAAACCGUUGGAGAGAUAUUGAUAAAAGAAAAAAGGACACCCCAGAAAAAGAAAGAAGGAGAGACAGAGAUAGAGUCAGAGACAGGGAUAGGGAUAGAAAUAGAGACAGGUGGAGGAGGAGUCCUAGAGAUAGGAGGAAAGAUUCAAGAAAGCGAUCUCGUUCCAGAGAGAGGCGAAGAAGGAGCCCUGACAGACGAAAUUCACCUAGAAGAAGGAAUUUUUCAUCGCCAAAGAGACACUCUCCUAAGCCGACUCCUCGGAAAUCGCCAUGUUCUGAAAGAGGCACCCCUCAUAGGAGUCCUUCUCCCAAUAAAGAUAGAAGUAUUAUAUCUCCAGUUAAAAUUGAGUCAUCUGGUAUGGAUUUAUACGCGGAUAGAGAAAAUUCAAGAGAUUGCAAUGAUCGUUUAGGUGUUUCUCCAAAAAGAAAUCAAUUCAACGAUUGGGAAUCACCAGAAAGGAAACGGUCUCCUCAGUACAGAGGGUCUCCGUUUUAUAUGAAACAUUCUCCUAGAAGAAAGUCUUCAGUUGAUAUCGUAUCACCAAGAAGGGGAUCACCACAUCGUUAUUCUCCACGGAAACGUUCACCACCUGGGCGAAGGAAAUCCUCUUGCUCGCCAAGAAGAAAUUUGUCACCCGAAACACAUGACUAUCAAUAUUCUCCAAGGUCUAGAGUAUCCCUAGAAAGGUGUGUAUCUCCACACUCUUAUUCUCCUAGAAGACAAUCGCCUGAAAGACACAAUUCAAGACCUUACUCACCAAGAAGAUAUUCGCAAACUGAAACACAUGAACCGCUAUCUUAUCCUCUGAGGGGUAGAUCUCUUGAGAGAUGUGCAUCACCUCGACCACCAAGAAGGCGAUCGCCUGAAAGAGUUUAUUCAAUUAGAAGGCAUGUAGCGCAAGAGAUCAACAUGUCACCUCGGCCAUAUUCUCCACAAAGGCGAGAUUCCCCUUAUAGGCGAGAGGAUCUGCCAUUACCGCAUGAAAGAAACUCACCUAGGGCUUAUUCUCCAAGAAGACACUCACUUGAAAGAAAACGUUCUCCUAAUACUUAUUCUACCUGGAGACAUUCCCCCCAAAGAAGGGAAUCCCCACGUCCAUAUUCACCAAGGAAAUACGAAUCAAAUUAUGAACGAGAUCGUUGCAGGGAAUCUCCUUAUUUCCGAGAAUCACCCUUCCAUUCUAAAUUUUCUCCUGAGAGAAUUAGACGGAGAUCCCCUGACAGGGGAGAUAAACUGUCCCCAGGUAGAGCGUUUAACAAAAGACCAUGUUCACCUAUCAGAAUGUAUUCUCCUUCUCCUGGUAGAAGCUCUCAUUCAUCACCUCCUCAUCAUCCAAGGUCACCUAAAGGAAGGAGAAGGUCGUUUUCAUUGUCUCCUCCUCGUGGUUCAAGAAAAUGGGAAUGGAACGAGAGUUCUGUCGAUAGAGAAGGGAUGAAAAUACACAAACACUUCCCCCAGGAAAAACAUGACUUCAACGCAUGGGAGAACUAUAAUAAGCCACACAUAGAGAAUGACUUCCAAACCAGUCUGGCCGAUUCGACAAUCAGCGACUCAGAGCUUGUUAAAGAAUCUUCCUCUCCCAAAAGGCCGUCUUUAGAUGAAAGGCUCAAGCUUGUCCUAGGUGAUAAUUUUGAAACAAGUAAAUGUCAAGCACAGCCCACUUCUCAACUCAAUGAAGAAUAUUACUACUACCACAAUCCUCCACCGCCUAUCAGAUGUCCUUACCCACCGGCAGCAUUUGUAAGGACGAUACGGCCACCGAGGAUCCCUGCACAGUGGGAUCCUACCCAACCUCCGCCUCCUAUCACCAAAGUUGUUCAGGUUGGAAAUGUUUUGCAAGUGGUUCCAUCAGAUUUGACCCCAGUGGACCAAAUAAAACCCCAGCCAAAGUUAUUGCAGGUACAGAAAGAAGAAACCAAAGGUGUUCAGGUGGUUCAAGUCGGCAAUGUUCUUCAAGUAGUGCCCUCUCAAAUUCCUACAGUUCCAUCAAUUCCUUCACCAUUGGCUGUUCCAGUCCAAGUGCUUCCCGUUCCUCCUCCGGUGAUCGUGCCAGCACCAGCAAAGCCUUCUGAAGAGGAAAAUCCGCAACCUGUUUCUCAACCGCCUGCAGCCCCUGUUGAACCUGUGCCUUUGACUAUAAACCCUCCAGCACCUGAACCUCCCAGAGUAAAUAAAAUCAAAAGUCUUCCUUUGCCUCCUGGACAUUCUCCUGAUACACUUCGCAAAAUUGAAGAUCGUCAACGAAGGAAAGAAGAGAAAGAAAUUAGGAGGAAGAAAAAAGAGGAAAAGGCUGCUAGAAAGUUACGAAAGACAUUCAUGAGGGAUAAACUGACAAUAGCUGAAGAGCAAAUAUCUGCAGAAUUGAAUAAAGAGAAUGAUAAUGUACCAGAUGUAGUUAGGACUACGAUCUUUCCACCUCCAGACAAGGGGAUACUCCUAACAAUGGGUUUCGGCUUAUUAAAUAAGGAGAAUCAAAGAAAGACAGUUUCUUUUGCCGAUGGGAUCAAACCAGGAGAAGGCACUUCUCCUUCAGGAGGAGAAGAACAUCCACUUUCACCGCCUCCAAAUGUGAGGAAAACCAUAAGAAGGAAGAAGAAAAAACGGAAAGUGAAAGUCAGGCUAAGAGUCGAUGGUACUAACACGAAAGUAAUUGACGAUGAUGAAGAAGAUGACCUAUCACCUCCACCACCUCCUCCAGGAACACCGCCACCUGAGGCGUACUUUGACUAUACAAACCCAAAUUAUGUUUACCCACCUGUUUAUCCUAGGGAGUUCAAAUUGUGAUCUCACAAUAUGGUUCUCUUGCACAACUGACCAUAUAGACAAUUCAAUUCUUGUCGUCAGACACGGAGAGGUUGAGUAUAAAGAGAAAUAAUAAAUGAAACUGUUGUAUGAUUUGAUGCAUCAGUAAAAAAAAAGUGAGUUGAACUUACAUUUUAAUAAAAACAGAUUUUAUUUGGGUGUACAUUUGUGUAUAACUGUGAUUAAUCGUUCGUGUAAGCAAACUGCUUGUUAAAUCUGUAAUCUGUACAUACAUGUAAGAUUUAAUUAUAAAUUUUAAAUUUUGUAUAUUGUUUAUUUGUAAAGUUUAUAUUUAUUUUAUAAUUUUGGGUUUUUAAAACAUGUAAUAUGAAAUUUGAUUUUGUUUUUCCUAUACCAAACAGUAAACGAUACUUUGAAUUCUUUGCUUUCUUUUUUAUAAAUUUGAAUGAAAUGUCACUCUUUCCACUUUGAAGGGUCACUGUGAUGUACAUUAAUAGACAAAUGAAAUUUCUUGGCAUUUAUGUAUUGCUAAAAAUUUUGUAAAAUGAAAAUAAUUAUAAUGGUUUCGUGCUCAUUAAUAACGUAUCGCCUUACUGUUGUAUCUAAUUUUCAGCUCAGUGUUUUUAAAAAUCAGCUGAGGUAUUGUUUGUAAAAGAAGAAAUAUAUAAAGUGUAUAUAAAUGAAAUGCUGGAUA